AUGCCAGAACAACAAGAAAUCGCAAGCUUAUAUACCAUCCAAACAACAGGUAGUCCUUCAACUGAUGAGGUACCUGAAGAUUACUUGAGAACAAUCGAAGAAAAGAUUUAUAAUAAAAGACACAUUGAUGAUAGAAUUCAAAAUAUUGUAAUUAACAAGGAUUAUGCAGUUCUAUUUUUGCACAAGUACCACAAAGUAAAAAAGAUAGAACUUUCCUUACUUGAAGGAGAAAAUGUUAGAGACACACACUCAAAAAAUUUCGAGCAGACAUACUUUUUAUUUCAUGACACCAUACUGUCUAAAACAUCAAAGGAGGAGCCAGCAAAAUCAGGUACUGAAAUUCAGCUAACGCAAUUGCAAAACCUCACAAUUAUAUUUUGUGAAAAUAAUAGUUACGUAUUACCCAUUAUUUUCCCCAAUUUUAUGAGGUUGCAUAUUUUGAAGGAUCAGUUUCCUUAUACCAUUUUACAAUCGCUAGUUAACGAUAAUAUCAUAUCAUUCGACAAAUUCUUCCAGAAAGUAAAGAAAAAAGUUAAAAAAAUAGAAGUACAAAGCGAUACAAGUUAUAGAUUAAAUCUAAAUCAUUUUAAAAAACUAUCGUUUUUAAAAUCUAAUUUCGAAACAUGUCUCGAUUCUCAGAAAAUUGCAAAUAAGCCAAUUUUGAAGUUUGUAAAUGAACAAAAGAGGGCAUUUGCAAAAAAUGCAGCUAUUGUUAAUUGCUGCUGUAGUAUAUCUCAUUCGAUUGAAGAAGCAAAAUUAGAAGCGGAUGAACUGUCGAAGUACAUUACUGAAGUCGAUAAACAAUUAAAUCGGUUAUAUCAGACACGGCUUACUUCAUUCCGUGGUAUUUUUGUAACACUGAUUGUAUUUACAUCAAUAUUUAUUUCCGGGUUAUUUAAAGAUAUCUACAAUGACAGUGCCUCUACAGGGAUAAUUAUUGCAUUUAUAUUAUUGGUGAUAUUUUGUGGGAUAUGUUUUUUAAUUUUGAUAUUAUUGUAUUGGCAUAUCUCUCUUUUAUGGUUCCUGCCGUUAAACAGGAACACGGAUGAGAAAAACAAUAAAGACGCCUCGAACACAAGAGAUUUAGAAAUAGUAUAUUCUGAGUUCGAACAAGGUCAUAAUUCAAAUUCCAGCAGUGUUAGAACAAACCCCGAGAAUGUAUAA